UUGCUAUUUUGCGCCUUGUAAGAACGUUACUGAAGAGACAAGACCUAGGUGAGCUAAAUGCAAAACACAAUCUCUCUCUCUGUCUCUCUCUUGGCCUUCGGUUCUUUUUGAAGACAAAACCAUCUUAAAAGUCUCUUGCGGUUACCAGGUUCUGUUAUUUAUUAGUUAUUGUUAGUUCUUGUGUCUUAUGGUAUUUUCUGGUUUAUAACACAGCAAACCCUUGUGAAAUUUAUAUUCAGUUUUUGUCCCGGGGUUGCAUUUUCAAUACCCACUUGAUGUUUUGAUGUAAGUUUGGCAAUAGGCUUAGCAAUGUUCCAAGAUUAUGCUGUUUUGGUGGUUACGUUGUUCGUGUGGGUGUGAAUCUUUGUUUGGUUUAGAUGGGAAAUAAUAAUCAUAAUAAUGUAGAAGUGCCCACUUGGCUAAAAGGGCUGCCAUUAGCACCCGUCUUUCGACCGACUGAUACUGAAUUUGCUGACCCAAUUGCUUAUAUAUCCAGAAUUGAGAAGGAAGCUAGUGCUUUUGGCAUAUGUAAAAUUAUCCCUCCAUUGUCAAAACCUGGGAAAAAAUAUGUUUUUGGUAAUUUAAAUAAGUCACUCUUGAAGUGCCCCGACUUGGGUUCUGAUGGGAAUUUCCUGAAUGCGAGUGAUGUGUUGAAAGUUGGUUCUAGUGACAGUGGCAAUGAUGGGGAGGUUAGGGCAGUUUUUACAACUAGACACCAGGAGUUGGGACAGUGUGUGAAAAAAACAAAAGGGGUCAUUAAUGAUAAUCCACAAUUGAGUGUGCAUAAGCAGGUGUGGCAAAGUGGAGAGGUUUAUACAUUGGAACAGUUUGAGUCAAAGUCCAAGGGUUUUGCUCGUAGUAUAUUGGGUAUGAUAAAGGAGGUUUCACCAUUGAUUAUAGAGGCACUAUUUUGGAAACUAGCUUCGGAGAAACCUAUAUACGUGGAGUAUGCAAAUGAUGUGCCUGGGUCAGCUUUUGGGGAACCGGAGGGUCAGUUUCGGUAUUUUCAUAGACGGAGGAGAAAGGUAAAAUCUUGGAAAUCUUAUCGUAACAGAGGAAAAGCUGAUUGCAAGAAUAAUGAAAUAGGAAGUGUAAAUAAUUUUCAUAAUGAUGACAUUAGAGAUGCUUCUGUUAAUAAUGAGGCUAGUAAAUGUUUAGAUACAUCCAGUUUGUCUACAAAUUCUGCAACUAUCUCAUUGGCUGAAAAUUCACAAUCUUCUAGACGAAAGAUUGUAAAUGGUGGUAACGAUUUGGAAGGGACAGCGGGUUGGAAGCUUGCAAACAGUCCGUGGAAUCUGCAAGUGAUUGCACGUUCACCAGGUUCACUGACUCGUUUUAUGCCAGAUGAUAUCCCUGGUGUUACUUCUCCCAUGGUUUAUAUUGGUAUGUUGUUUAGCUGGUUUGCAUGGCAUGUCGAAGAUCAUGAACUUCACAGCAUGAAUUUUCUUCACACUGGUGCUCCAAAGACUUGGUAUUCUGUGCCGGGAGAUUAUGCAUUUACUUUUGAGGAGGUUAUUCGCAAUGAGGUCUAUGGUGGUAAUAUUGACUGUUUAGCUGCUCUCACUCUAUUGGGUGAGAAGACAACUCUACUCUCACCUGAAGUAAUUGUUGCAUCUGGCAUUCCGUGUUGUAGGUUAGUUCAGAAUCCUGGUGAAUUUGUCGUGACUUUUCCAAGGGCUUACCAUGUAGGAUUCAGCCACGGCUUUAAUUGUGGAGAAGCUGCUAACUUUGGAACUCCACAGUGGCUAAGUGUGGCUAAGGAUGCUGCAGUACGUAGAGCUGCCAUGAAUUAUCUUCCUAUGCUUUCCCAUCAACAGCUGCUGUACCUGUUGACCAUGUCUUUUGUUUCAAGGGUGCCAAGAUCCUUACUACCAGGUGCUCGGAGCUCUCGCUUGAGAGAUCGGCAAAAGGAAGAAAGAGAGUUAUUAGUAAAGAAAGCUUUUAUAGAAGAUAUGUUAAAAGAAAACAACAGUUUAUCCGCUCUUCUGGGACAACAAUUGACUUCUCACGCUGUACUUUGGAACCCGGAUUUACUUCCGUGUUCUAGUAAGGAGUCUCAGUUGCCCUCUAAAACUGAUGCUGUCACUUCAACACCUGGAGUAACUGUUUCAGUCAUUGAUUCUGAGAAAAAAAGUAAUCAUAAUAAUCUCCUAGAUGAGAUGAACUUAUAUAUGGAAACUCUGAAUGAUUUGUAUAUGGAUGAUGAUGACUUAUCAUCUGAUUUUCAAAUUGAUUCUGGGGCGUUGGCAUGUGUGGCUUGUGGCAUUCUGGGUUAUCCAUUUAUGUCUGUGGUUCAACCAUCUGAGAGGGCAUCAAUGGAACUUCUGCUUGCUGAUUUGGUUCAAGAAGGCCCAAGAGUUUCAGAACCUGAAAACAGUUAUCCCUGUAUGAUCCUUGAUCGAACUAACAGCACUGUUUCAGAGGAUCUUUUUACUGGUCCUAAGAGUUCUAUGCUUCAAAAGGAUCUGACAUUGUCAUCAAAAACCAAGUUCAAUGAGAGAUGGAAUACUUCUAGUAAAUAUCUGCGGCCUCGGAUUUUCUGCCUGGAGCAUGCUGUUCAAAUUGAGGAGAUAUUGCGGUCUAAAGGUGGAGCAAACAUCCUGGUCAUUUGCCACUCAGACUACCAGAAGAUAAAACCACAUGCUGUGGCCAUUGCUGAGGAGAUUGGUACCCCUUUCAAUUGUAGUGACAUUCCUUUAGAUGGUGCCUCCCAAGAAGAUCUACAGUUGAUUGAUCUUGCUGUUGAUGAUGAAGAACACGAUGAAUGUAGUGAGGACUGGACUUCUAAACUGGGAGUCAACUUACGGCACUGUGUGAAGGUCAGGAAGAAUUCACCAUCUAAGCAAGUUCAGCAUGCAUUGCCGUUGGGUGGUUUGUUUUCUGAAAAAAGUUCCGGCUCAGAUAUUUUAAAUAUCAAAUGGCAGUCCAGAAAAUCUCGCUCAAAAGUUAAGCUAUCCAAAACAUGCCGCAACAUGGAAAUAAAAGCAGAUGAAGUGUUGGGGGAAAAGUUAGAUGGUGGUGUUUUUAAAAAAGAACAAAAAAUAAUUCAAUAUUCAAGAAAGAAAUUCCGUUUAAAACCAGAAGCGAGUAGAGUUCGUGGAUGUCCUAACAUGUUUUUCCCAGAAGAAGUUUCAGCUGCUACUGGUGAUCUGGAUAGGUAUGAUACUAAUAAUUCUGAAAUUAAUCUAGACAACAUUGGGAAUACUGGUAGUGUUUUGGCUGGAUAUGGAUUAUCUCACCUUGGGCACUCUGAAGAGCUACAUGAAAUUCAGGUGCUUGAUGCAACUAGGGAUAUGAGCUUGAAUUACUCACCUUCACGAGUUGCAGAUUCAGUUGCAGUUGCGACUUUAGUGGUUGACAAUAUUGGGCAGAUUGAGACUGGAACUUUGGAGGAAUUGAAUAUGGGGGAUGGAACAUGUUAUAUUGCAAUCUGCAAUAGUCAUCAGACCCAACAAAACAUCAAGGACACUAACUAUAUCAGUGAGAAGAAGGAAAUUUCUUAUGUAGAGAACCGUUCAAGCUGCCAUACUGAUGCGGCUGAUGAUAGGACCAUGGAAAAUAUCAAUAUCACCGAUCAAACUUGUAAUCUUGCUUCUGAAACUCAGAACAAUCUAGUGGCUGAUAAGGAUGUCUCUAUGAAUGAGGUCUCUUAUCCAGCUAAUUCACCAAGUUUACAUGUUGCUCAUCCAUCUGUCGAGAGUUUUCAUGCGGAGAAAGACAAGAUUCUUGAUAAUUUUUAUAUGAAAAGUGAGGUACAUAAUUGUGUGACUUCUAAUGAUGAACGGACACAAGAUAUGCAGCCAACAAAUGGAAACAAUGAUGAGGAAUCCAUUUCAUGUGAUGAUAAGCUGAGUCAGCCCACUCUUGCCUCAACAAGAGAAAAUUGUGAAGAUCAGAGAUACAUAUGUGCUGAUGUAGACUUUUGCAAUCAAGCACCUUUAGAUGAUAACAUGCUUGAUGAAAUUAAGAUUGUGAAGGGGACUAGUGAGGAACACAUGUCUGGUUUGGUUGCACUGACGGUUCAUACCACUCUCUCACUUGAAAGUUCAGCCAAGGAAUGCAUGGCUGCAGACUCAUGUCAAAUUAAGACUGCAGAGAAAGAAGCUCUAGAGCAUGAUGUCCUUACUACAAGUACGGAGGCACUUGUAACAAGAUCUAUCAUGCAGAUGCAGCCUUCCUCAAACUCAGUGGAACGAUGUUCUGGAAAACUAGGAGCUACCUGUGCUGAUGUGACCUUAGGCUCCGAAAUACACCCAGAAAUUCAGUCUGGGAUUGAAACUAAUGUGGAUGAACUUGUCUGUACUUCUAGUUUGCAGAGAGAAGAAAAUUAUCUCAUCCCUGCCACAGUAGGAGAAUGUUCACAUCCGUCAGAUGGGAUCUAUUCUGAAGAGAACUCAAGUGGUAAUGUGGAAACAGAUGAACUAGCAAAACCUGCUCAGACCACAAAUGCAACUAAUGAGGAACUGAAAGCUAGUUCUUUGACAUGGAUACACCAACCUGCUCCUUCUGUGAUUCAGAAGUACUACAGAACCCGCAGGGAGUUCUCUUCUACAGAAAAAGUGCUCAUUAACAAAGAAGUUUCUUCAUCAAAAGAUGCCAGAAUGCUCAAUAACAAGUCCACUGCAGGAGAGCCCAGUUCCAGUGCGAGUAAAGGAAGAAAAAGGAAGAGUGAAGUGGAGCAGUUAACAGAGAACAAGUCCAAUUGCACUGGGUUUAUCAGGAGUCCUUGUGAAGGGUUGAGACCAAGGGCUGGGAAAGAUACAGUGAGCAGAAGUGAGGUUGAGAUCAGCCACAUAACCAAUGAAAAUCCAGCAGUAAAGAAAAUGCAGAAACCAGUAAAUGCUUCUGUUCCUGAGAAGAAAAAGUUUUCCAUAAAGAAACAUUACAGGUGUGACUUAGAUGGCUGCCGCAUGAGUUUUGAGACAAAGACGGAGUUGACUUUGCACAAACAGAAUCGGUGCCCACAUGAAGGAUGCGGGAAGAGAUUCAGUUCUCAUAAAUAUGCAAUAAUUCAUCAACGUGUUCAUGAUGAUGACCGGCCUCUUAAAUGCCCAUGGAAGGGUUGUUCCAUGUCAUUCAAGUGGGCAUGGGCUAGGACUGAGCAUAUAAGGGUGCACACGGGUGAGCGGCCAUACAAGUGCAAGGCUGAGGGCUGUGGCCUUUCUUUCAGGUUUGUAUCUGAUAUCAGCCGACAUAGGCGGAAAACAGGACAUUAUGAUAACAUAUCCACCUGAAUCUGCCCAAAGGCUAGUAAUCAAGCGGGUUUUUGUAAUAUAUUGAUAUGGGGCCGUAUUGGCCUUCAGAAUUUGUACUAUAAACUUGAUUAUCUGGUCAGAUAUAGAUUUAGGAUUAGGCUGAUCCUUGGUGUAGGUGAGCAUUCUUCAAUUCAUUGAAUGCAAUGAUAGUUGAAAAAGUCUUAUUUGAUUAUUGAUCUUUCCGAAACUUUUGAUGCUGUUUUUUUAGAUGGGGGUCUUAGGCCUGCAUUUUGUACAAUUGAGGAGGGACUACUGAUUUCACCUAAGGUUCAUGAUCCUUGUAUUUGAUCAGAAUGUGACAAAAUUGGUUCAUUCUUAGACU